GGGAGUCCGAUCGGCAACGGGUCGGUGUCGGCGGAGCCGCGGCAGCGAUGUGUUGGGUGGGGAGGCGCUGGGGCCGGCGGGAGCGAGCCCUGCUGUGGUGCGUGCUGCUGGCGGCGUGGGAGGCGGCGCGGGGGCAGCUGCGCUACUCGGUUCCCGAGGAGAUGCCGAAAGGCUCGUUCGUGGGCGACGUGGCCAAGGACUUGGGGCUGGAGCUGCCGGCGCUCCGCGACCGCGGCAUCCAAGUUGUAUCCGAAGGCACGACGCAGUAUUUCUCCCUGCACUGGAAGACAGGACAUUUGUUGACGGCGGAGAGAAUAGACAGAGAGCAGCUGUGCGAGAAUGUGCAGCGAUGUGUGCUGCGCUGUGAGGUGAUAGUGGAGGGAGAAAUGAAAGUUUACAGCAUCGAAGUGGAAAUCACGGACAUUAAUGACAAUGCGCCCAGCUUCAAAGACAUUGAGGUGAAGGAAAAAAUAAGCGAGACAGCCGCCCCAGGGUCGCGGUUUCCCCUCACCGAAGCUCACGACCCCGACUCUGGACGGAAUUCCUUGCGGAGCUACGAGCUGAGCGGUGACGAGCACUUCUCGCUGGCCGUGCAGGCGGGGCCCGCCGGGGAUCAGCGUCCCGAACUGGUGCUGGCGAAGGCGCUGGACCGCGAGGAAGCGGCGUUCCACGAGCUGGUGCUGAGGGCGAUGGACGGCGGGGAGCCGUCGCGAACGGGCACGGCGCGGAUCCACGUAACGGUGCUGGACGCGAACGACAACGCGCCCGUGUUCAGCCAGGCGGAGUACACAGUGCGUGUGGCGGAGGACGUGCCCGUGGGCUCGACUCUCGUCACCAUCACGGCCACUGACGCCGACGAUGGGCUGAACGGGGAAGUCAAGUAUUCCAUAAAGAAAAUCACAGAGAAAGCUUCGAAGAUUUUUAAUCUGGACUCUGAUUCGGGAGCGAUCACGCUCUUGCAGAGCCUGGACUUCGAGGAAAGGAAGUCGUACGAACUCGAGGUGCAGGCGCGGGACGGUGGCGGACUUUCUCAUACGGCGAAAGUGGUGAUCACUGUUACAGACGUCAACGACAACGUUCCCAAGAUUUUGGUGCGGUAGGCCCUGAGCGAGAUCUCUGAAGACGCUCCGCCAGGGACGGUGCUGGCCUUGCUGAACGUGCAGGACGCGGACUCGGGGGCUAACGGAGAGGUGCGGUGCAGCAUCGCCGAGAGCCUGCCCUUCCGACUGGAGAAGUCCCUUGAGGACUAUUACCGUGUGGUGACGGUGCGGGAGCUGGACCGGGAGGAGGUGCCGGAGUACAACGUGACGGUGCGAGCGGCGGACGGCGGGUCGCCGGCGCUGCGGAGCAGCGCGGUGCUGGCGCUGCGGGUGCUGGACGAGAACGACAACGCGCCGGUGUUCGAGCAGGCGCGGUACAGCGGCCGCGUGUCCGAGAACAACGCGGCGGGCGCGCUGGUGCUGACGGUGCGGGCGGCGGACGCGGACUGGGGGCAGAACGCGCGCGUGCGGUACCGGCUGCGGGAGGGGCGCGUGCGGGGCUCGCCGCUGUCGUCGUACGUGUCGGUGCAGGCGGAGACGGGCGCGCUGUACGCGCUGCGGUCGUUCGACUACGAGGAGGUGCGCGAGCUGGAGCUGUGGGUGGUGGCGGAGGACGGCGGCGCGCCGGCGCUGAGCAGCAACGCGUCGGUGCGGCUGUCGAUCGUGGACGAGAACGACAACGCGCCGCAGGUGCUGUACCCGCCGGCGGCGGGGGCGGGCGCGGGCGCGGGCUGGGCGGGCGUGGAGCUGGCGCCGCGCUCGGCCGAGCCCGGCGCGCUGGUGGCCAAGGUGGUGGCGGUGGACGCGGACGCGGGGCAGAACGCGUGGCUGUCGUACGAGCUGGCCAAGGCGACGGAGCCGGGGCUGUUCCGCGUGGGGCUGCACAGCGGCGAGGUGCGCACGGCGCGCUUCCCGCUGGCCCGCGACGCGGCGCGGCAGAGCCUGGUGGUGCUGGUGAAGGACCACGGGCGGCCGGCGCUGUCGGCCACGGCCACGCUGACGGUGGUGCUGGCCGAGAGCGUGGCCGAGCUGCUGGCGGAGCUGGGCAGCGCGGCGGCUUCGGCGCCGGCCGAGCCGGCCGCCAGCCUGACGCGCUGGCUGGUGCUGGCCGUGGCGGCCGUGUCCUGCCUCUUCGUCGCCUUCCUGCUGCUGCUGCUGACGCUGCGCCUGCGGCGCUGGCACCGCUCGCGGCUGCUGGCUGCGGACGGCGGCGCUUUUCGCGGCGUCCCGGCCUCGCACUUCGUGGGCAUCGACGGCGUCCGCGCCUUCCUGCACUCCUACUCGCACGAGGUGUCGCUCACGGCCGACUCGCGCAAGAGCCAGCUCCGCUUCUCGGCCGGCAGCUGCUGCGACACGCUCCCGGCGCGCCCGGCGCCCGACGAGCCCGCGCCGCUGCUCGGGGAGGACCCUGCUGCCCCUGCCUCGGUGAGUUCGUCCUGA